AACAAAAAAGGAGUUUUUAAACAUGUUUAUUUUCUAUGCACUUUUUUUUAUUUAAGUGAUAGUUUAAUUAAUAAACAUGUCAAGUUUAUUGCUGCAGAGGGCUCUCUCCAUUUCUUCUUGAGAACUGAGGAGCUGCUACUUCUCCAGGACACUCACAAGGCAUGGGAGCCCCUGGCCAGCACCCAGGACUGCACAGGGUGUUCAGUGAGGAGCCCUGGGCUCCAGCGUGUGCGGGUCACCCUGGGCCACUGCUGGGAGCCCCUGGGCAGGUGGUGGGGCCUCACAGCCGGCUGUGAUAGGACGAGGCAGGGUGCAGUGGGGCCGGCAGUGUGAACAUUAACGGGGCUGUGGCAGCCUGCUUGAGCCUGCAGCCUUGCCACGGGCCUCAGUGACACAGCAGCAUGGCCACGGCGAAUGACAGGGCCGUCCUGCAGACCAUCUUUAACCCCAGCACCCCUUUUGGGGAUAUCCCAGGGCUGGAUGAGGAGGAGGAUGUCCAGGAUGAAGUGGAAGCUUUUCCGUUGGAGCUGCUGGAUCAAGUGCGGGAGCUGGAGCUGCAGGGGGUUUCUGCGGCUGAGUCAGGAGACGUAAACACGGCCCUGGAGCGGUUCAGCGAGGCCAUUCGCCUGCUACCCGAGCGCGCCUCGGCCUACAACAACCGGGCCCAGGCCCUGCGCCUGCGGGGGGACGUGGCAGGGGCCCUGCAGGACCUGGACGCUGCCAUCCGGCUGAGCCGCGGCUGCGGGCGCGCCGCCUGCCAGAGCUUCGUGCAGCGCGGCCUCAUCCACCGGCUGCAGGCGCGGGACGAGGAGGCGCGCCGGGACUUCGAGCGCGCCGCGCGCUUGGGCAGCGCCUUCGCCCGGCAGCAGCUCGUGCUCCUCAACCCCUACUCUGCGCUCUGCAACCAGAUGCUCUGCGAGAUGCUCGGCCGGCUGCGCAACCCCGAGGGCACUGCAAGCGACUGAGACGGGCAGGAGAUGGGCCAAGCAGCGAGCGGGCUGGGGAGAGCCGUGCUCCUGAGCUGGCCCAAGCAGACAUGUCCCGGGGCCCAGAAGAGGUGCAGCUCAGAUGCCAGAGCUCCUGCUCCUGGCUAACAGCCAGGGACUGGAAAGUACCAAACCCCCUUGCUGUGUUUGUCUCCUUCUGCUCCGCCCCGAAUAAACGUCCCUCUGUUCCCAGCACCUGCGCUCUGCUUGCGCCGUCGCAGGCACCGUGGUGCGAUUCCCGAGUGCGCACAGCGCCGGUGCGAUGGGCGGCCCGGCGGGUGCGAGUCCGGGCCCUCCUCCUUGA